GUCCAUUUGAUACUAUAUUGAAGUUCAGUGACCAAAUUGAUAUUUUUGACCCGCCAAACGGAUGGCCAAAAAAUAGAGAGGGAAAGAAAUCCAUCGCCUCGUUCAAUCGUUCAUCCAAAAGAUGGACCUUAUCGUCUCCUGCAGUUGCAGCUCCACUUCCUCAUCUCUGUUUCGGCCUAAAUCCACCCCUCUCCAAUCUCCAUUCUUCCCUUCCAUCCCCAAUCCUUCCGCUACCAGCUCCCGGAGGCUGAAAUGGGCUCCGCCCAGAACAAAAUCGGAGCUCCAGACUCCAGUUGGAGUAAACGGUCGAUCCACCACUGUCACCCCGACGGCGGUUCCCACCCACAAAGUCACCGUCCAUGACCGGCAGCGCGGCGUCGUCCACGAGUUCGUCGUCCCGGAGGUACGGCUGUGGGUUCCCCCCCCCCCCCCCCCCCUUCAUCUUGCAAUUGGGGUCGAAGUUCUACAAAAUCCUGUUGCUGUUACCCUUUGCUUCAUGAGAUCUGUUGGGAUGAACUUUUUGUUUGCAGGAUCAGUAUAUACUGCACACAGCGGAAUCGCAGGACAUUACGCUUCCGUUUGCAUGCAGGCAUGAUUGGUCUGUUCAGCUAUGGAAAUGAGAGUUUCGUUUGAUGAUCAGAUUGGCUUUGGAUAUGCACUGCUUUGUUUCGGGUUCCCGUCUUCAGAUCUUGAAGUCGAAACACAAGACGAGGAUGAGGUAUAUUGGCUUCAGUUCGGGAGAUAUUUUGCUCGAGGGCCUAUUGAACGAGAUGACUACGCUUUGGAGCUGGCCAUGGCUGACGAAUAGAAGAGAGAUUGUCUGAGUUUAGGUUGCACUGUAUAACACAAGUUAAACUCAGAAUGUUGAUCCUCCACCUGCGGAUAGUCAGCUUGGUUUUGACAGGACAACAUGCCUUUUUAGUUAGUGAUCAAAGACCAAAUCGAGUAAGAUCCUGGUUCGGUGCAGACCGAAACUUGUAUGUAUGUCAUCAUGUUUGGCUCGGUUUAAUUGGAAUUUCGAGUUUUAGGGGUUUUAGCAUGUGAUUCUGCUAUCCUAUCAAAUUGUCAUACUGUGAAACCAUAUAUAUCUUGAAUGCAACACAUUAUAAGCUGCUAGUCCUUUCAAUCAA